AUGCAACGCAGUCUGAUCAGCUGGAGCGCCAAGGCGUUGAGAAGAUUCUACUGUGAUCGGAGUUUCCCCGAACCAAGAGCAGUCGGUGGUGGAGUAAAGUCGGCGCUCGGAAAAAUCCCCGAUAGGAGACUCUACCUCAGUUUCAAGUGCGGCCCCUGUGGCGAACCAGUGACGAAGUGGCUAUCGAAACAAGCCUACGAUCACGGUGUGGUGAUCGUCACUUGCGAUCACUGCAGGAAUCGACAUCUGAUCGCUGACAACCUGGGUUGGUUCCCGGACGUGGAUCGCGCGAAGUUGCCGAAGUUGCAGGAAGCGUCGGCGGUACCUCUGGAUAAAGUUCCGGCGGCAGGGGAGUCGUCAUAG